UUAAAAUUAACAAACAGCGCUUUCUACUCGUUUAUCAGUUUCUAGACUGUACCAUCUAGACGGUGGGUAAAACACGUAGCGUACUUCCUGGUUAAAAUGUCACUUUAGCGAACACAAAAUGGGCAAAGACGUGAAGAAAACGCCUUUUUUUAAAAUAAAAACUUGGCCAUUUCUCACGACUAGGUUUCUGUAGUGAAAUUAAUGCGCCGUCAACCGAAAAAAUCAGCAACCACCUGUAAAACAACGACUUACACACGUCCCCGUUUUUCGCAACCUGUCUCGGCAUACACCUGCGGGGCGUUCGGGUCCUCCCAAGUCUACAACACACAAAGACGCAAAAUGGAGGUGUUACUAUCUGUCUGAGGAAAAUUACAUGUACCUGAAUACGUUUUUGUUUGUAUAUUUACGAAUUAAAAAUACUUAAGUCUACCGAGACCGCGAGGAAGCAAGAUUAAACAUGUUCUGGACGAUAAUCUUCGCCGCUUUAAUGGCGACAGAAUCCACUAUGGGUGUAUCAGUUCAAUGUCCUACCAAGAGGUAUGUCGUCAUUCUCUUCCAGCCUGUCACCCUUACCUGUCAGUAUCAGACAACGGCCACUCAGCUCCCUAUUGUAACGUGGAAGUAUAAGUCUUACUGUCGGGACCCGGUUCAGGCUGCACUCAAUCCCAGCAGUGCAGACAACAUUCUGUCUCAAAACAACCCCAACUAUAACCCCACCAUUGAGUGUGCAGACAACCAGAGGACAGUGCGAAUAGUGGCCUCCAAGCAAGGCACUGCAGUUACCCUUGGCCCUGAGUACCAGGAGCGCAAGAUCAGCAUAACCGGCAAUGCAGACCUGAAUAUCGCACAGACUGCAUGGGGAGACAGUGGUGUCUACUUCUGUUCUGUCAUCUCUUCUCAAGAUGUUACAGGAAAUAGUGAAGACUACACAGAGCUCCUUGUACUGGAGAGAAAGUCAAAUUCUACUGACCUCCUGCCUGGCAUUGACUUACUGGUUAUGGAAGACUGGCUCCUGGUUGUUUUGGUGGUCCUUGGCUUCUUUCUGCUGGUCCUCUUGAUUGGGAUUUGCUGGUGUCAGUGUUGUCCACACACCUGCUGCUGUUAUGUCAGUUGCCCCUGCUGCCCAGAUCGCUGCUGCUGUCCACGAGCAUUGUAUGAGGCAGGAAAAGCAGUAAAGAAAGGUAUGGGGGAUCAAUAUGCUUCCACCCUCUAUGCUCAGAGUAUGUAUGGUCAGCCACCAUACAUGCAUCCUGGUAUGCCUCUACUUCCUGUACCUAAUGGGGUUGGAGCCCAGCUGCCUCAGAGUGGUUACGGUCAUGAAUAUGAUGGUGCCAGCUCAGUGGGACACGGCUCCCAGGUACCUUUGCUACGUGAGCAAGACCGAGGGGACAACACUCGCAGUGGUUUUCGAAUCCAGGUGGACCCUGACGGGAACGCAACGCGUGCCAUUUACUAUAUGGAGAGGGAGCUUGCCAAUAUGGAUCCAUCCAGGCCUGGCAACUAUCAGCGCGUGGACAACAUGACUGAAGUCAGUUCCUUGCACGACAGUAGUGGAUCUGAGCCUCGAAACCGUGGAGGUCGUUCCCAGCCCCCGCAUCUCCCCACAGUGUAUGACCAUGAUGAAGCUAUGAGCACCAUCAGCAGCGUUUCCCAGCAAGGCCGCCGCCGUGAUGAUUACCCGCAGCAAAGAGGUUACAUGGAGAACCACGUACGUUCCCGUUCGAUGGACAAUCUUGACGAUAUUGGACGGCGAUACCCCAGAGACGACUACCCACCACAACGCCGCCCAGACUCCAGAGGAGGAAGAGGCUCUGAUGAUGGGUGGAGCAGCAGCGCCCGGAAUGGCUAUGAUCGUGACUAUGAUGACCGCAGACGUCGUGACUACUCCCCCGAUCGCCGGAGAGGAGAGGGUGGAGCCUACGGGGAUCUCCCAGGACGGCGCAGCCACAGUCGUGACGAUAUAAUGGAUCUGGAGAGGGAUCGCCGGUAUGGUGGUGGUGCAAGGGGCGGGCGUGAGGAUUACGAUGACAGUUUUCUACGAGAAGCCAUGGAGAGGAAGAGGAUGGGUGAGCAGCAGAGGGCGCGGAGCCAGGAGCGAUUGGACAGCGAGAGCGACCGCUCAGAUCGGGGGAGGGGGGCACGUGGGCCACCUCCACUACCUGUGAACCCACCCUCUGGAAACCCUGGCCGGCACAAUGACUACCCGCCUCCACCACCACCGCCUUACAGUGAAGAUGAAAAGAAAAGCAACCUCCGCAAGAAUGGAGCUGUGAGUCGGGAGAGCCUGGUUGUGUGAAAUAAAAACUUAAAGAGAACAAAGUACAACAAGGAUGCAGCAUUGAUCUUUAAAAAAACAAGAGAGCGACUGUAAAUAUUUAUUGCACUGCUAAUUUGUUAUGUUGAUUUAAAAAUGUCAUAAUUAGUCCUAAAUGUGAUUGUAUGCUUUUCUAACAUGGACGAGGUUUGCCUUUUCAUGUACACAAUAUUUUGGCUGCCACAAGUGCCUUACAGUGUACAUAAUUUUAUUUUUAGAUAGUUAAAAAUAUCUCAUCUCAACAAUUACACAUAUUCAGAAGUUUUAUAUAGUUUCAUUUAGCUGAUGCAGGUAUUAAUGCAGUUUAUGGAUGUCUGUUGUUUUUGCAUUUGUGAAAAGUAAAGUGACUUUUUUUUAUGAAUCUGUGUGCAUUUAAAGGAAUUUGUCUAGCUUUUUUGUUACUUGUCGUAUUAUUGUGUUCACUCGUUUUAGAUUCCUCGUGGAACAAAAUACUCCAGAGACUUUCUAACGCUAAAUUGCAAUUUUAACCUUCAGUAUGUUGUACAUAGGCAUCCGGAAAAACAUCUUACUGCAAAUAUUCAUUUUGAUGUGUUGAAAUCUAAUUUUAAAAUAAAGAUCUUCUUGCCAGGCCACAUUGUUUGAGCUAAAAGUGUUUCACCACUAGAUGCCACCAUCUUGUUAGUAUGCUGAAGCAGUGAUGUUGUUUUAAUGCAGCAUUUUCUCUGUCCAGCAAUUAUUAAUUCCUAUUAGAUUUAGAAAUGUUAAGACUUUGAUCAACCUUGCUUGUUGUUCAGUAAGAGAUGAUCAAAUCGAGAUUAUUAUUUAUUUGUACCAUUGUGAAUUUAGUACUGGAUAAGUAUUUUGGUUUCUCCCUCUUAAAAGAAGAAAUGUUAAAAACUAUCUUCUUUGUCAUUGUUUUUGUUACGAUAUAUUGCUACAAACAGAAGCAAAGGUACAGUGUAAACGAAACCAUUUUCUUUUUUAAAGAAAAAAGGUAUAAAAACAUGAUUUAAGAUCA